AUGGUAAACAAAACGCGGUCGCCGUCGUCGUCACGACUGCUUCAGCAUCCGGCGGAACGGAAUGGAACAGAGCGCUUCCAAAUUAUUCCCAAAACAUGGAUAUUCUUCAAACGAUGUGCCGCAUCUGUGAGGCCCAGGACAAUCUGUGCGAUCUGACCAGCCAAGUGAAUGAAAACGUUGCCGAAAAGUUGUGCACCUUGACAUCCAUUCGGAUCUCCCCGGACGAUUCUCUGCCGCGGUGCAUUUGCCUCGAGUGUGUUGGCACGCUGAACUUGGCGUACGAAUUCCUGCUGCGAUGCGAGGCUUCGGAACAACGACUACAGGAAGUGCUGCGCGGCGAACCAUCAGGGCUGCACCUGCAGAGCAUCAAGGGUGAAGAGGACCACGAACAGGAGGAUGAGAACGUUUCAACGGUGGAGUUUGUGAUGGAGGACAAAUCGGACGGGGAUGAGGACGAAGACGUUGAAGAGGAGGACGUGGCGAUUGCGAUCGUCCAGGAGGAAUCUAUGGAUGCGAUGGAAGACGCGCAGCUGCUGUACGAAGCCGUCCCGGUGAAGUACACGAUAGAAGAAUAUCUGGAAGGUGAUGAAGUUCAGACGGAAGUAGUUGUGGAAGACUUCAAGGCGCAGCAAAUGUCGCAGACGAGUGGAGUCGAGCGAGAUAAGAAUUUCUACUGUGAUACUUGCGGAUCAAGUUUCGAAAAAUGCACGGAUCUCUAUCAGCACAUCAAGAGCCACGGGAAGGCUCGGUACCAGUGCAAGGAGUGUGAUCGGUGGUUCUCGCGAAGAGCACAUCUUCAAAGUCACGAGGUGAUUCACACCGGAGAGAGGAACUUCCGCUGUCAUCGAUGUCCGAAUGCGUACAAAAGCAGCCGAAACUUGAGGCGGCAUGUGAAGAGCGCUCACCUAGGAGAGAAGCCCUUCGUGUGCGAUCUCUGCGGGAUGGAAUUUUCCCAGAAGACGGUGCUGGAAGCGCACCACAGCACGCACGUUCAGGAAAGGAACUUCUCGUGCGAGGUUUGCCAGAAGCGAUUCAAGUCGAACAAGCUGUUGAAGCUACACAUCACUAGACACCUGAAGAGCGGCCAACCGAGGCAGGAAACGGAACCCGUGGAAUGUGACGUUUGUCACAAGCUGUACUCGAGUAAGAUGUCCUUGAAGAAUCACAAGGUGAUCCACUCGGACGCGAAGAUUAUGUGCACCUUUUGCGGAAAGAAUUUCAAGAUUAUGGCGCAUCUGAAGGUGCACCUGCGAAGUCACACCAAGGAGCAACCGUACGAGUGCGAUCAAUGCCACAAGAAGUUUGGCUACGAGACUUCGCUGAAGACCCAUCGGCUGGUGCACACGAACGAACGACCGUACAAGUGCGAUCUGUGCGACGUGUCCUUCCGGCAGUUGAACCACCUGAAAGCACACAAGUUCCUACACAGCGGUCAGAAGCCGUUCGAGUGCGAAAUCUGCAAGAAGUCGUUUGCUCUUCGGGGAAACCUGACGAUUCAUAUGCGCAUCCACGAGGGCCCCGUUGCGAGUCCCUUCCAGUGUCGGCUGUGUGUGGGCAAGAAGCUGAACGAUUCGAACGCCUUGAAGCGUCACCUGAGGCUGCAUCCGAAUGGGAAGGUGGUCAAAUCGGGCCCUAUGACGGUUAUUGUCGAGGAAGGGACGAUGGAGGAACCGGAUGUGGCGGAAGAAAGUGAUGUUAAACAGGAGGUGAGUGGUGUCGAAUUUUUAGUGGAUAAUGGCGAUACAUAAGCUGGGAAUAA